GCUCAGGUGCAGCUUUGCAGUUGUCAUGAGUUAUUGCCGUGGCCUGCAUAUUUUCACCGCCCGCCCCUGCGCAACAACCUCCACCCGCUCCCCAUCGUCUACUUUUUCUUAUCUUCUUACAACCUCUCGACAAGAUGGUUCACGUGGCAUCAUCCGCGCUGAGGCAGGCCUCGCGCCUUGGCCUCAAGCAGACACUUUCCGGUGCGCCUGCGAGAGCAGUCGUUUCCGCCGCUCCCAGAGCUCUCGCAUCCGCCACGCGGACGACGAGGCGGCAGUAUGUCUCCGAGUCGAAGCGCGACCAUGCCCAAGUCAACGUCGAGACCGCCAUCAAGCUGGACAAGAGCAACUUCAUGAACGAAAAGGGUGAGCUCGUCAUGCCUGGUUCCGGUGCUUCCGCUACUGCCAUCGAUGGAUCCAGCCCCGUGGCUGCUGUCCUCAAGGAGGCGACGGUACUGGAUGAGGGACAACGACCAAUCUACCUCGACAUGCAGGCCACGACGCCGGUCGAUCCCAGAGUCUUAGACGCCAUGUUACCUUACUUCGUUGGCGUGUACGGCAACCCCCACUCGCGGACGCACGCAUACGGCUGGGAAAGCGAGAAGGCUGUCGAAACUGCGCGUGAGCACGUCGCGAGUCUCAUCGGUGCGGAUCCCAAGGAGAUCAUCUUUACAAGCGGCGCGACCGAAAGCAACAACAUGAGCUUGAAAGGUGUCGCCAGGUUCUUCGGCCGGUCAGGCAAGAAGAGGCAUAUCAUCACGAGCCAGACUGAGCACAAGUGUGUCCUUGACAGCUGCCGUCACCUCCAAGACGAAGGCUUCGAGGUCACAUACCUGCCCGUCCAGAAUAACGGCCUGAUUAACAUGGCGGAGCUCGAGGCUGCGAUGCGUCCUGAAACGGCCAUCGUCAGUAUCAUGGCCGUCAACAAUGAGAUUGGUGUUGUGCAGCCCCUGGAAGAGAUUGGCAAACUCUGCCGGUCCAAGAAGGUCUUCUUCCACACAGACGCCGCUCAGGCUUUCGGCAAGAUCCCGAUGGAUGUCAACGCCAUGAACAUCGAUCUCAUGUCCAUCUCGGCACACAAGAUCUACGGCCCCAUGGGGAUCGGUGCCUGCUACGUCCGGCGACGACCAAGAGUUCGCUUGGACCCCAUCAUCAGUGGUGGUGGCCAAGAGAGAGGUCUCAGGAGUGGCACCCUCGCCCCUCCCUUGGUCGUCGGUUUUGGCGAGGCUGCCCGCAUCGCCAAACAAGAGCUCGAGUAUGACUCGAAACGGAUCAAGGCUCUUUCGGACCGGUUACUCAAAGGUCUCCUCUCCCUCGAACACACGACACAGAACGGAGAUCCGGAGCGUUUCUACCCUGGCUGCGUGAAUGUUUCAUUUGCUUAUGUUGAGGGUGAAUCUCUCCUGAUGGCUCUCAAGGACAUCGCCUUGUCGUCAGGCAGUGCCUGCACAUCAGCCUCCCUGGAGCCGAGCUACGUCCUGCGAGCUCUUGGCAACAGCGACGAGAGUGCCCAUAGCAGUAUCCGCUUUGGCAUUGGCCGUUUCACCACCGAGGCCGAGAUUGACUACGUCCUCAAGGCUGUCCAGGAACGUGUCACUUUCCUCCGCGAACUGUCGCCCCUGUGGGAGCUCGUCCAGGAGGGUAUCGAUCUCAACACAAUCGAAUGGAGCCAGCAUUAGGAUUGGAAUAUUUCCCGGACACUUUCAUUCUUAUCGCUCAGCUCGCUGACGCCGUCGCCGACAUGAAUAGUCUGGGACUGGUGGGCGUACGAGCUUCUGUAAUUUUGCACGGCCCAUUUGGUCGUUGUACAACAGCACAUCCACGUUCUUUGUCAGGGUCUUACCCGAUGUGAGAUCGAACACGAGGGUCACUCGCUCAUCAUGUGCACGAAAGGCAAUCCGGUAGCAUGCCAGGUCAGAGUGGGCGGGAUAUCUGACGAACAGU